AUGAGGCUUCUCGUCGCUCUAUCCGCCGGUCUACUAACCAGCGUCUCAGCCACCCCCGUCGGCACACCCACCCUCACCUCCCGCUCCGCAACCUCCGUCCAAGAAACCGUCAGCCUCUGCACACAAUACGCCUACCACUCCGCAAACGGCUACGAAAUCCUCAACAACCUCUGGGGCAAAGACGCAGCCACCUCCGGCUCGCAGUGCACCUACUACGAAGGCAGCACCCCCUCCGGCGGCAUCAAAUGGAGCACAGAUUGGGUAUGGCAAGGCGGGCAGGACAACGUAAAGAGCUAUGCGUACGCGGGCAAGAUCUUGACAAAGGGACAGAAGAUCUCGCAGAUUACUAGCAUGCCAACGCAGGUGGAGUGGUCGUAUAAUCAGACUAGCAAUGUGAGGGCGAAUGUGGCGUAUGAUGUUUUUACUGCCGCGGAUCCGAAUCAUGUCAACAGCAGUGGGGAUUAUGAACUCAUGGUCUGGCUCGGUCGGCUGGGAGGCGUAUGGCCCAUCUCACAAGCUGGAGCUCCUGUAGCAACCGUCACCAUCGCUGGAUACACGUUUGAUCUCUACACCGGUUACAACGGAUCGAUGCGCGUGUACAGUUUUGUGCGGGCUGGAAAUAGUGAUAUUAAGAGCUUUAGUGCGGAUAUCAAGUUGUUCUUCAACUACUUGGUUCAGACUCAGCAGUAUCCUGCAAGCACGCAGAAUCUUAUUGGUAGGUCGUUCCCACACGGUUAG